GGUCGGUCAUGACUUCGGUGUGGAAGCGCGUGCAGCGCGCGGGAAAGAAAGCCUCCAAGUUUGAGUUCAUCGCCACUUUCCAGGAGCUGCUCGUGGAAUGCAGCCAUAAAUGGCAACCAGAUAAACUGAGAGUGGUGUGGACCAGGAGGAACCGACAUUACAGCACCAAGCUCCACGGCUGGCAGCCGGGCAUAAAGAACCCCUACAGAGGCCUUGUGGUCUGGCAGGUUCCAGAGAGUUUGAACAUCACGGUCACACUCUUCAAGGAACCUACUGCAAAAGAAUUUGAGGACAAGGACUGGAGGUUCGUAAUAGAAAAUGAGACUAAAGGCCAUAAAAAAGUGUUGGCCUCAGGGGAGAUGAAUAUGAAAAAAUAUGCCAGCGACACACCAGCAACAUUUGACGUCACCCUGAAACUCAAGCCUCUGUCUGUGAAAGUGGUUGAAGCUACUUUGAAACUGAGCCUGUCCUGCAUCUUUCUGAAGGAAGGCAAAGCCACGGAUGAAGACAUGCAAAGUCUUGCUAGUUUACUCAGCAUGAAGCAGAGUGACGUUGGCAAUCUGGAUGACUUUAAUGACAGCGACGAUGAAGCCAGCAAGGAGAAAAAAGGUGGCCGUGGAACUGGACAAGAAAUUCAUGUGAUGGAGAUUAGCAGACAGCUGAGUACUCUCAGUGAGGAGGACACUCAACAUACAGCUUCAGACCCCAGUGCCCUGCCCAUCCUGAAGUCCCAGCUGCUUGGAGGUGCAGACUUUGAACAAGUCAGAAGUGAAGCGAUCAAGUCGCCAUCAGCAGGGUACUUGCCUAUUCCACAUGGAAAGAUCAAACACACCAAUGCUUCAAAAACAGAAACGCAAUCGGAACAAAGCAGUGAAGCAACCGCGUUGCAGAAAAAAGCUUCCGAUGUGUCUUUCACUAGUUCUUCUGCCUCGGCGACGUCCAGCCAGUCUCUGCUGAAGUGGUGUCAGGAGGUCACGCAGGAUCACAAGGGAGUAAAGAUCUCAAACUUCUCCACUUCCUGGAGAAAUGGCCUGGCAUUCUGUGCUAUUUUACACCACUUUCAUCCAGAAAAAAUAAAUUACAAAAUGCUGGAUCCGUAUGACAUCAAGCAGAACAACAAAAAGGCCUUCGAUGGCUUUGCCGAUCUUGGUAUUUCUCGACUGAUGGAACCUUCAGACUUGGUCAUGCUUGAGGUUCCAGACCCCCUGAUUGUCAUGACCUACCUCAACCAGAUCUACACCCAUUUUACAGGCCAGCAGCUUAGUGUGCUCCACAUAGAGAAGGACUGCAGUGAAAGCAGAUAUGCGGUAGCAGAAAACUAUGACACCCCAGAGAGCCGUGAGGAAACCUUUCAGUACUGCAUCCAGAGGCUCCAGGAGCAGACCGGGACCGAAAACCGUCCAGAGAAGGCAGGCACCAGCAGCAGGAACGUGGCUCCUCCUACUGAAGCAGAGCAAAAACAAGUUCCUUCAACAAGUGCUGCAGAAAGUACUCAACAGCCAGCGCCACGACCACGGACCCGCUUUUCAACAAAGUCCAGUCUUAUUCGAGUCAAAGAUGCUGAUCUGGUUAAGAAGCGUAGAUCUCAACAAAGCACGUCAUUUGAUGGAGACGGUUCAGUGAGUGCUGUGGAACAAAGCUGGAGGAAUUCAGAAAAUGAAAAAUCGCUGACGCAGCUAAAACAAGAAGGACAGGAGCCGGGUCAAUACGUGUUGGAUCAGAUGAAAGCCCUGGAGGCAGAGCAAGCUCGCCUUGACAACAGAGCAGGAGUGGUAGAGAAGAAACUCAGACAGUUAAUAGAAACAGGUAGCGACAAGGUGGAGGAGGAGACGCUGAUUCAGGAAUGGUUCAGUCUGGUCAACAAGAAAAACGCUUUAAUCCGGAGGCAGGACCGCCUCCAACUGUUACUGCAAGAACAAGACUUAGAAGAACGACUGAAGCUGUUAAACAAAGAACUGAGAGACUUGAUGACAAUUAAAGAGUGCCACAAGUCCCAAGCGCACACACAGAGAGAGCAGCUGCUGAUCCAGGAGCUGGUGUCUCUGGUCAACCAAAGAGACAAACUGGUACAUGACAUGGACGCUAAAGAGAUGGGAGCGUUGGAAGAGGACGAACGCCUCAACCGCAGCCUCGAGCAACGGAAAAUCAAGUACGCUCAGCAACAAGAAGACAAGUGUGUUUUACACUGACCGAUCGUCAGCCUUUUACUACGAAAUGCUGUCCUAUCGCGUACAAAUGACAUAAUAACUACAACAAGCAAAGUUUCUAUUUUUAUUUUACUUUUCCCACUGCAGCUUUAAGCAAACAGUUAAAGAACAUGUGAAAAAUAUUCUCAGAAGGAGCACAGACUUUUCAAGACUGUUCAACAAAAAAAUACAAGUUAGCCAGGAGGAAUAUCAGCUUAAUUAGGAUUCAGUUUAACUUUCACGUCUUCAUUGUUCAACUUUCUGUAUUUUAGGACCUAAAAAAGUCGCCUCCUGUUCUGUAGGAGCCAAACUUGCUUUAAUUAUUUUGAAUCUGGCUUCAGGGUUGCAGGAAACCACAAACUUAAGGUCGUGUUGCACAGCUGCUGAGCACAUUUUGUACAUUUUCCACGUAUGAAAUGUCAGUCAUCCGUGAUCCAAGCGUGAUCUACGUCAUUCAUACGUGUUUCUUGCGUUCGUUGAUGUGCUCAGAUGCCCGUCGAGGGUUUCAGCCGACGGGUCUUUACGGGAAUUCAUUUUUUAGCUGUUCUGAAUUUUUGGUCAGUUGAGAAUUAUUCAGUUUGAGUAUUUUAUGUAGUUUAUACACAAUUAUUACGUAAAUCUUACAUUUUUUUAUGAGAUCCAUCCAGAAAUGUGUGUUUUUCCAGGAGCGUUCCACGUUUGUCUAACAGACUUUUCAUGCAUGAACCACUGAUGUGUAACUUUUAGAUCACGUAUACGGCGCACAGAUCACGUUCAGAUGACAUCAUUGAUGCAUGAAUCACUGAUGAAUUACAGAUAAACAUCACAAUAAUCACACGCUUCAUGUUCUACGUUGGUUUACGUGUUCUUAGCGUGUUUAUUCCUACUUCUUCUGUGGUUUUAACGUGGUUCAUUCCUGAUAGAUCUGUGAACAUUUCACCUAAAGACCACAACUUUCUGACUUUUUCAACGCAGAUUCACGUAUGACCAGUUUACAUCCGUGUCAUAUGCAUAAACUGUACAUAGCGGCUGUGGGACACGACCUUGACAGCUUCUGUUUUAAACAUUUUACAAGAGCAAAAUGUUCCAACCUUUAUACUUUCCCUAAAAGUAAUCAUUUUAUUAUUUACCAGAAACACUUCGUAACAAUGCUAAGUUGUUGAGCUUCUAACACAAAACAUUUCAGUUUUUUUUUUAAUUGUUAUUUGAAUUAACAUUUUUGUAGCACAAAUUACUAGCAAACAUUCAGCGGUGCUGUCGGCGUCAUUAGCAGACUCAGAAGAUGCUGCUAAGUCAGAAUAUGUGGCAGUAAGUCAGACAACAACAACAUCACGAGACGGUGGGUUUGCUCUUCAUGUAUGUUACAGAGUCUAGCGGCGUUCCCUCGUUUAUGACUUUCUCAGAAUAACCUGAUGGGGGAAAUCUGAAAAGCAGGAUUCCAGAUGUGUUAAUGCUGUCAAACUCCUCACCACACACUUUCUACACUUUCUCUCCCGUUUAAACUCUCAAAGUUCAAACCUUGAUAGAAAAAGAAGAAUGUAAACGCAGAUCUGACCGGGAUACAUAGAAGAUGUCGAGGGAUCACUGUGUUUUAGAAAUGAGUUUUAAACUGGAGUCAAGUUUUUUCCCUUGUGUGUACUACUUUAUCCAUGCAGUUAUUUUUCAAAUAUUUAUGAUGUGAGAUUGUGUAUGUUUGCUCCCAUGCUUUAUUUUGUUUCAUUCUGUCUCAAAUUGCUGCUUGGGGAUAAAUAAAGGUUUAUUUGAACUGAA